UUAUAAUCUUUAUCAAAAUACAACUGUCUUUCAGCAUUCAAAUUAAAUGAAGGUUAUCUAGAACGAGUUUGUCUUUCUUCGCGUGCGCAAACUUUUGGAGUAAACUUCCACCAAAAGAACACUAAACUUUUCGCCUGCCUGAAUAUUUUACUUUCCAAGCAAUAAUACRUGUUUUGUAUACAGAAAUCGAAGGCGGAGUUCAAUACAUUUGCAUACAGGGUGUCUGGAAAAGCUCCCAAAAGUCUCUGAAGUUUUAAAACAUUUUCUCAGGCAUGGAUACCGCGGAUACGAAUAUUUCAUCUCAAAUUUCAAGAUAUGAUCCACUUCGGCCAUGCAUCGGAGAGUCUGUCUCCCGAUUGUAAUUCAUCUUCGUCUCCAUGUGCAAUGUGACCCAGAAUAACCAUUCUUGCAUAUCAUUUAACUCUGCGAAGUUGUGUCCAACUUAAACAACUUAAACAUAGCAGCAAUUUGCUUAAUUGCUAAGACAAUCUUGAGAUAACCACGGGACUACGAUUAAAUUUCGCGUUCUUGCGAGCGUUUUARAUUAUAUUCAAAGUCACGUUAUUGCUGAACUUUUCGGUUGUUCAUGGUCGACUAUGCUCGUAUGCUGAAUAACCCAGCUUGAAACUUGAAAUUGAAGAGGUUGGUUACGUAAAUGAUGGCGGAAUAUGAGUUCUUUAUGGAGGCAGAGACUCGAGAAGAAGARGACGAAGAUGACGAGGGUCAAAGAAUGGUGGAGCUUAAACACAACGAGCCAGAUCAUAGAGAUGCAGUACAAAAGAAGACUUUUACCAAGUGGGUCAACAACCGUCUGCAGAAGAGGAAAAUUAGGAUACUAGAUCUGUAUGAAGAAUUCCGUGAUGGUGAAUUCUUGUUACAGUUGUUGGAAGUUCUAUGCCAUAUCCAACUGCCAAGAGAGAGAGGUCAACUGAGGUUUCACAUGUUACAAAAUGUCCAGACAGCACUCAACUUCCUGGAAAGCAAGCAUAUAAGAGUUGUUAACAUCAGAAGUGAUGAUAUUGUUGAUGGCAAUCCAAAGUUAAUCCUUGGCUUAGUCUGGACCAUUAUUCUGCAUUUCCAGAUAUCAGAUCUUGACGUUGAARUUGCUGGUAAAAAACUUGAAGAGUUAUCUGCUAAGGAUGCUCUGCUGGUGUGGUCACAGAAGGUCACUCAAGGAUAUCCCAAAGUUGAUAUUAAAGAUUUUAGUUCGUCUUGGAGAGAUGGUUUUGCAUUUACAGCGAUAAUACACAGAUAUAGGCCGGAUUUGGUAGAUUUCUCAAAGUUGAGUAAGACUUCUCCAGAGGCGAAUGUCGAAUAUGCGUUCCAUAUUGCCGAAAAAGAGCUGAAUGUUCCCCGUCUGCUCGAUGUCGAAGAUUUGGUUGCAUCAGAACAUCCCGACGAGAAGUCUGUCCUGACAUAUGUUGCCUCCUUGUACGAAGUAUUCCCCAAAACUCCUUCAGUCAAAGAGUCACUACACGAUAACGAAAAACAGCUCAAGUAUGAAGAGUACUGUAGUUACGCUAAGAUGUUGGCUGAACAGGUCAUCGCUGUCAUCUUUCGUCUGGAAAAGCAACAAAUACCCAAAACUAUUCAUGGAAUCAAGGAGCUCAUCUUGGAUUUCAAUCGUUAUCGCAUCACUGAAUAUCCUGACAUGGUUAAACUAAGACUGUCUGUUAAAAUGCUUCACAAAGAUCUCCAGGUUUUGUAUGGUCCAAUGACAACGUGGCUUGACUUUCCAAAAGACUGCAGUCCGCGUGAACUCGAAGUGCUUUGGACUAAACUAGUUGAAACUCAAGAAACAUACAACAAAUCAUUACGGAUAGAACUAACAAGACUCGAACAGAUGUCGCAGGUAGCAGAGAAAAUCCACAAAGAGGCAAUGCUAGUCGACGCUUCCCUCGACGAUAUCGAGGACAGGAUUAAAGCGGAAGAGAAAAUUGGUGAUAGUGUCGACCCUGCUACAAGAAAAAAACACUUCGUUGGUAUAGAAAARUCUCUUAUGAUGUUUGAGAGUAGUAUUAARCACAUGCUAUCUGGUACUGAGCUACUGGUUGCGGGACAUUAUUCAAGAGGGGCUGAUCUCAGAGAUAAGGUCCAACACAUCAACACUCGCUGGAAGAACAUCAAGCUUCACCUCGARCGACUCGCUUCCCAAAUGACCCAAUUCGAGUCAGUACAGAUGUCUGAGGGUAAAAAAYUAAAACUCGACCGUCCCAUAGCACCRCUGAGGACCAUCACUGUUGAAGCUGGUCAACAACCCUUGGACACUGAUGUUAGAUCUACUAGUAAAAARAUAACAAUUACUAAACGAACGUACAAAACAGCGUCAGGAGAACCCAUCGAGACGCACACUACUGUAUCUAGAGUUACUUCUGAUGAAACUAUUCCCCAAGCGGAGCGCAUCGUUCGAACAUACGUGACGUCAUCAGAGUCCAUUCCCUCCAAUGGUUCGUUAGACUCCGGCAUAUCKCCUGGUACCUCCCCCCAAAGGCAAAAGGCGAUACGUCUGCAGUUUGGACUAGAGAGGGGUGAGACCGGGAACAAGGCUGAUCUCAUCGACGCCAUGUUAUUGUGGGUUAGAGAAAGAAAGAAAACCAUCGAUAAAGCCGGUUAUGGUUUGGAUUUACCGUCGACUGAAAAAUGUCUCCAGGAACAUCACGGCCAUCACGACAUGAUUAUCGCAUUUGAUGAUGAGCUGGCGAAGGCCAAACGAUUUCAGAAUGAAGAUAUUACUUUAAAACCAAAAAUAGUCGAAUUAAAUGAAGAAUAUAUCAUCCUUCUUACAUCUUCAGUAGAUCGAUUAAAAAACCUCAAAAGUCUGGUAGAGUUUAUGAGUGAAGCUACUAAAGAGCUGAUAUGGAUGAACCAACGAGAGGARCCUGAAGUGUCACGAGACUGGGCACGCACAGACCUCGAUCUUGUAGACCUUAAAUUGUAUGGCGAGGAACUUUCGUACGAGAUACGCGAGCAUGAGCCACAGUACCAGAAUAUUAUGAAAUCUGGCGAAUCGAUGAUAAAAUCCAAACACCCAGCUCCAGGACCCAUAGAGGCCUAUCUGAGUGCAAUGAGAAAUCAAUGGUCUUGGAUACAUGAGCUUGUCGUAGCUUUCAAAGAACAUUUCAAACUGGCAGACAUUUAUCAUCAGUUUUUCCGAGACGCUCACAUUGCCGAGCAAAAAAUGGUCAAAUUGAUAGGAGAACUAAACCACGUUUACGAUGUACAAGCCAUCCCAGACAGAAAGACAGCAGAGCAUUACUUGGACAAACUAUCGGUARGUAUUGCUCCUAUUUAUACUGCAUUGAGACGACUUUACAGCAAUUCGGCCAAUGUAAUUCUAUGGAAGAACGCUAGAGAUUCGAAGUUCGACCAUGAACAAAUUAUCCACGACGCUCGCUGGCAAACGUUUUGGAGGGAAAGAGUUCUUCCAGCAAAUAACGAAUUUCUUCGUUCAGAUAUUCCUCUAGACGCUUUCCCUGUUGUUAGACAAACACAGCUCGGACUUUUGAUAGCGUAUUCAUUAGAUUAUGUCAAAGAUAUUUUUGCUAGAAAAGAUGUCGAUGAACCUUUCGUGACACCAAAAGAACGUUAUGUUUUGAUCCUCCGUACUCCGAAAACUGAAUCGGACGACGAGAUCGAGCCAGCUUUUAAAGAAGUUAUAACAGACAUGCUUCAGUUCAAACAGGAAAUGAAACAAGAGUUAAUAGAUUAUAAAGAUACAAUUAGUUCGCUUCAGCUUUUAAGUAAACAAGUGUCCCCAUUACCUAAAAGAAAAGCAAAACUAAAGGGAAAAUCUCCAGUGAAGUCAGUUUGUAACUACAAGAAUAUGCAGAAUGUAACGGAGAAAGGAGAAGAAUGCUUAUUGCUGGACAAUGCAGAACAUCAUGCAUGGAAGGUGAACACAAGCUCAGGCCAAAAGAAAGAAAUCCCUUCUGUAUGUUUUGUCAUCCCUGCUCCAGAUCUAGAAGCAACAGACUUUUCUACAAGACUAGAAAUUCAGUAUAAGCAUCUACUCACUCUCUGGAGAUCACGCCACUGGAAUCUCAAACAGGCAUUGAGUAACGAACAAGUGUUUACAAACGUCAAAGUGAUUAAGACCACUGUACCAGAACAGGCCAAGCUUCCCCAACUUGCCCUGGCUGGCAGCAAAGAUGUUGAAACACUUUUAAAAGAGAUGCAGGAUGGUGACCAGGAAGUUAUUGGUAUAACUGAACAGUUUAGUCAACCACCAGGAACCGAUCUAUUAGAGAGUGUUGAUGGAAGUAAUGCUGUACGGUCGGGCAAGACAGAAAAAGUUCCCAUUCUUGAUGAGAAAAGUGCAGAAAUCACUCUAAAAGACUUAUUAAAUUGGCUACAAAGAGUACAACGCCACAUCGACGAAAAGUCUGCAGAGACUUUAAACCUGUCUAACGUCAACACCGAAUUAGAGGACAUUAGGAAUAUUCAAAAGGAGAAAGAGAAAACUAGACGACCACAGCUUGAGGCAAUAACACAGCUAUCAAGUACAAGAGUAGAUUCUCCUCUCCAAAGAAGAAUAGAUGAAGCAGCUAAUAAAUGGAAAACYGUCAGCAGRUCGACAGAAGAAUGGGASAAAAUGUUGGAGUUUAUUCAACAUGUAGCAUCGUUUGUGAAGGACCUCGAGGACUGGUUGCAUCGAAUAGAAAUUAUUCUCAUUCAACAGCCUGGGUUAACAGCAGAAAUAAAAGAACUGAAGCAACAACUGAACCAACUAGAGGAUAUUUAUAACAAAGAGAUGAGACCACGACAUCUUAAAGUCGAAGACGUCAGACUUGCUCUUCCUAAACUAAGUGAACGAGAUCGAGCAAAGACAGAAGAUCUUUUAGAAAGGUGGGGUGCUGUUAACAACCAAGUCGAGAAACGGAUGGCGACGUUUACACGAUCAUUAGAAAAACUACAUACUUAUUCCACACUACUMAACACCGAGGAGACAUGGUUGACAGAAACCGAACAAAAACUUCAUUUUUUGGGAGACGGAGUCGACGAACCUCAAGACAAAGCUGAAGGGAUGGAAAACAGAAUGGAAGAACUAACGAAUUUAUACACUGAAGUGUGCUCGCAUGAAAUUCCUAUCCAAGACAUCGCACCGAAAUCGAGUGACUAUGUCACGGAAUCAGUGAACUUUGAGGCAAUUCUUGAAAAAUACCGUCGCAGUCUCCAUCACCUUCCCGAAUCKCGUGAAGCAGAAAAUCCAGCAUUCACGACCACCCAACGAAGUCGCAACGAAAUGCAGGCAACRGCUGCCGACGUCCGAGAACGCUACGAAAAGUUGCGAAUCGAAAUCCAAAGUACUAUGGAAACGGUAGUAUUAAUAUUAAAAAGACAUGGCAUCGAGCAUAAAGAGGUCGAGAAGGCUUGUGUAGAAUGGUGUUCGUCUAUACAAAAGCUACUCGAUUGGGUCAAUGAUAUGGAGAAAGCGGUUACCGAACAGACAGGAACCCCAGCUGACGUCAAGCAAAUUGAGGAACAGAUUGAAGAACAAAAGAAGCUUACUAAAGCCAUAUAUGAACGUAAACAGCCUUUGGAAACAACGUUGCAGCAGAGUGAGAGGUUUCUGCAGACCACAKCGGAGCAACUCCGACCGGCUCAGAAGAGUGAAUUGGACGGUAAGAUGACCAGUCUUGAGGCAAGAUGGAACAAACUUCAAAGUGAACUUGACAAUCGSUACAUGAGACUAGUGCUGAUACAUGAAAAACUCACUAAAUUUGAAGAACUUCUUCAUCCGUUUUUGGCAUGGCUGAAAAGAGCAGAGGAGCAAAGUGCAGAUAUUCUACAUAACGUCAAUGAUGUCGAAACAGCUCAGCAAAGGCUUCUCAUUCAUAAGCAUUUUGUUGAUGACGUCAAAGAUCACGAGAAGGAUUUGAAAGCUGUCAAUCAAAGCGGAGAAGACUUUCUUCACGAAGCAAAGGUAUUUCACAGCGAGCUGGAAAGAUCUAUAUCAAAUUUCGACGAUGGCCAGUCUACGAAAGAAUCACUUGGCGAUCCAAACGAGAAGUCCUGGGUUCUAGAAAACAAGCUUUCCGAUAUUAAUGAGAGAUACAAUCGCUUGCUUUUGUUACUGACACAGCGCGGCACCUUACUGGACAAGUCUUGGCAGCAGUUGAAAGACUAUGAUAUCAAGGCUAAUCAAACCCUCCCUUGGUUGAAUUCUGCAGAGGAACGUCUGGCUAGAAAGACCGCUCAAACUAUCGGUAACAAUCCCGAUAAGAUACGAAGGGAGAUCGACGAGCUUAAGGCAUUUCAGGCAGAAGUKAACUCRCACCAACCAGAAAUCAUCUCUCUUGACGUCUUGGGCCACAGUAUCGAGGGUAUGGUUAACACUCAUACCUUUGAAAAAGGCAAGCCAAUAAGACAAAGAUACGACGAAUUAUGCCUCAAUAUUACCUUUUAUGAAACCAAACUCCAAACCGCACUCACCACGUCACAGAACUUCAAAGAAGGCCUAGAUGCUGCCAUUAAAUCUUUACAAGACCUAAAGAAAAGAAUCGAUAAACUCCCGGAAGUAUCACGAAGUCUUAAUGAAGUUCGUGAAGAAGCUCGGCAGUUCAAAGCUAUCCAAGACGAACUGAAUCGACUUGGGACUUCAGUUGAAGCGCUCAACGAGAUGUUCACAAUCCAGAAGAAAAAGCAAAAGGAAUCGAAAUUUAAGCAGUUGAACAAACUAUGGGAGGAAGUCAAUGGUAAAGCGGACAAGAGACGAGAAGARAUGAAGAGUGUAUUCGUUAUGAUUGCUAAAGACUUUGAGCGCUGGGAACAGACCAUGAUCAAGCGAUUAGACUCUGGGGAGCUUGUCACUCCUGAUAUACUUGUAUUUGAAGAGAAGCUACAGUACUUCAAUAUGGAAGUCGAACACAUGCGCCCUGCCCUACAAGGUGUGAACCAAGGAGGUCACGAACUUAUCAACCUGGAGAGAACAAAGCAGUCAGUCAUACUUGAAACACUAGAUCGAGUAAAUAAGGACUGGCAAACACUUUGCGUUAAACUUAUGAACAUUGGUGCUAAAUUUGAUGAACUGCAAGAACAAAGCCAGCGAUUCCACAUUGUACUCAAGACCAUAACCACGUGGCUUAACGUCACGGAGGAAAAACUGGUUAGCAUGGAACCAGUGGGAGUUGAUCCUGAUGUGCUUGGAGCUCAGAUUAAUGAAGAAAAGACUAUGCAAGAAGAAGCAGURCAGUACAAAGCYCGACUUGAUCUCUUGGUCGGUCUCGGUAAGGUUAUAGUYACCAUGACAACCACCCAGGACAAACCAGAACAGGGAACCCAUUCUCCUAUGCAACAGGACCUCGAUUCUGCGUUAACACGUUAUGAUGACAUAUGGAAGGCAAUGGAAGCACGGCGGAUCAUCGUAGAGACAACCAUUCUGCAACUUGAAAGGUACAGGAAAAUGGUCAGGAGUUUUACCAUCGUCUUGCACAAGGUYGAGAAGAAAGUCUCCAAAUUAGAACCUGUUGGAGGGGACCUGGACACUAUCGAGAAGCAGAUCUUAGAACACAAGAAAAUUCAAAAUGAUGUCUUUCAAGCGCAAUCUGACAUGGACGCUGUCCUGAAGGCUGGGAACGAGCUCAUCGCUGGCCGAGAGAGUGUUCCUGGGUCCAGAGAGGUCAAAGACGAAAUGGAUAUGCUGAAAGAAAGAAUGGAUCGUGUGAUUGUUACUAGUAACGAACGUCAGAAAGAUCUGGAGAAUAAAUGGAAUACUUUAAGGUACUUCCAGGAUAGUGCCAGUAUGCUGAAUGUGCAGUUAAAACAGAAACUAGACCACAUUGAUAUUCUUAUGAAGCCUGGCAACGACGCAAGGGAUAUUUAUAACGACUUAAAGAGUCUGGAAUCAGAUAUCGAUAGGCUAAGUGAGGACAUGACAAACAUGAAGGAAUCCGCUGAYGAAAUGCUAAUGCACCUUCACAAUACUCACCAAGAUACUAARCCAAUCAGCUCAAAGGUGGAAGAUCUCGGUGACCAAUGGCGUGAACUUCAGGCCAAGUUAAAAGAACUUAGUGUGUAUCUCGGAAAGGGAAAGCUGGCUACUGAAGGGGCUGAGAAACCAGCCGAUACUGACGAACCAGUCUUUACUGUAACACCAACAAAAGCUAGUCAACUCGAGUCAUUUGAGACACAAUUGCCUGCAAAACCUGAGGCUGAUGAUAUACCUUCUGAUACAGAGUAUGAAGAGUAUAUUGAUGAUCAGGGACGAACUGUCAGACGUAUUGUAAAGAGAACUGUUACAACAAAACAAUACCUUUUUGAUGAACAAAAUCCUGAUGUGUCCACUCGGAAAUCUGUUGUAGAGGGCGCCGAAGGCAGAUCUGAUAAUCAACCCGGUGAUGUAGAGGAGUAUGUUGAUGAAAAAGGAAACAUUGUCAGGAAAAUUGUUAGACGAACCUAUGUUACCAAGCGUUAUAUUAUCGACAAACAUGGUCGACGAGUCGAGGUUCCAAGUAAUGAUGCAGACGAACCUGCUAUAGAACAAACAUUCGACACGCCACAGUUUACAGUAACACCAAUAUCAAAACAAAAUAUUGAAAGCUUUGACCUUCCGGUUCUGUCAAAAUCGUCAAAGUAUGAGACUGAUGAAUUGUCACCAGAUUCUGAGGUUGAAGAAUAUGUCGAUAAUGAAGGGCGGACUGUACGUAGGACUGUAAAAAAGACUGUUACCACAAAGCAYUUUGUACUCGACAAGAGUAGAAAACCUGUUGGAAUUGAAGAACUCGAGUCUGAAAGGAAAUCACCUUUUAAUGUCGAAGCCGUAAAGAAAAACCAACUUGACAGUUUCAGUGUCUCCRUUAUGCCCCCCAAAAUGGAWAUAACUGAAGCAAAGGAAACUGUUCUAAAGCCUGACGAACAAGUAGAGGAAUACAUUGACGAAGACGGAAAUCGUACCACUCGCACUGUUACAUACUACAUCAUAACUACUACAGUUAUUACGAGGAUUGUAUGGCGAAAUGGUGUACCAAUAGUAUUACAACCAGGCGANGAACCACUUCCAAGUGAUGAGCAGGUCCAACCUGAAGAAGUGGAGGAAUAUGUUGACAAAGAUGGUAAUCCUGCUAAACGCCUUGUAAGGCGUACGACKCCGGCAACAAUAACARCCACGAGUACAGUGUUGAAAACAGGUGAAGACCCACUUCCMGACGAUAACAAGAUUAAGCCAGGCAAAGAGACAAAUGUUAUGCCAAUAGUUAAAGUAAAGAAGACAGUACUUCCAGGCUGGCUUCCAUCAAUGCCAGRACAACCUACGAUGGAAAAAGUAGACURUUCAAAAGAAAAUGAUGUCUCUCCUAUUGCARCACAAAAAACUGAACCAGAACAGCAAAAGUUUGUUGAAGAGAUUUCUACAKUCAAUAUUCAAGAAAAGAAAAGUAUUCUGUUCUCACAUGGUGACGAAGUAGCUUCUCAUAGAAAACGUYCAGAGCCAAAGUAUGAUGUCUCCUUUGAAAUACCAGAAGUACCAUUGAAAAAGAGGACUUUUGAAGGUCCUAAUGUUAAGGAKGAUAUUAAAAACGUUGAUGUAAAAAAAGAAACAAAAACCGAAUUAACUUUUAUUGACAAACAACCAGAGCCUGAAGAAAAAUAUGGUUCUCCACAAAAAACAGAAACAAAACAAGAAACUGAUCAAGAUGAGAAAAGACGUUCCAAACUGGAAGAACCCAUGUCAUCUGACGAAGAGUUUUUCGAUGAAACUGAGGAAAUUUUGGUUGUAAACGUGAAAAGAAAAGUCCGAUUUCCAAUAGGCUGUGUCCCUCAUAAGACUGAGCCAGUGCAACCAUCAUUGCCCGAUGAAGUGCUCUUUGAUUUUAAUUUUGGAAGAAAAGAACCUAUUUUUAAACCUGUUGUUUCUCCUGUCCAAGAGUCUGUARGUAGAUCUGUUCUUCAAAGAAGUCCUUUCCGUUUCWAUUUUGAAGAGUAUGAAGAGCCUAAAMCAACGCAAUUYGAUAGCGACAUUGGAAUAUUUAAYCCUGCUUUCGAUGAGAUGUCAGAUGAAGAAUUUGAGACAUCAAAAAUAARUGAAUUCCMUGAGGAAKGCACGAAGAUCAUAACUCCAAACCAACCAUCAUCMGAACAACCUACAAGUGUGUUGACUUCAGURAUUGAGGAAGUAGAAGAACCAGCAGUUACAACAGUUGUUGAGAGACGAUAUGAUAUUCCUGACUUUGAAAAGCUUGAUGAGGACAAGCAAGAGCCUGAAGAUGAAGUAGAAGAGUAUAUCGAUGAGGAGGGCCGAAUUGUGCGACGCAUUGUAAGACGAACGGUGACUACAAAAACUAUCACCAGAACAAUAACGAAAGCAGAAGAAGAAGGCGAUGAUAUGGAAGCUGGUCCUAUCGAGGUGAUCCCGCUUGAACCAGAACAAGAGCCAGAAGAAGGGGAAAUGGAAGAAUAUGUUGACGAAGAAGGACGAAUUGUCCGACGCAUCGUAAGACGUACAGUUACAACAACAAGGCGCGUUAUCGUGGCACCUGAAGAAAGAGAACCKGACUCAAUGGAAACAGCAGUUAUUGAAAAGCUCGAGGAACCAGACCAAGGAGAAGUUGAAGAAUACAUAGAUGAUGAAGGRCGAACAGUGCGCAGGAUUGUCCAUAAGACAGUAGUGACUAGUACAACUGUAAAUGCAAAGCCUGUGUUUCAGACGGCUGGCCCAGUUUAUCUUGAAGCGUUACCUGGAAAAGGAGAAGCAGGAGCGAURGAAACUUUUGAUGUCGAGAAGCAGUAUGAACCAGAGGAAGGAGAAAUAGAAGAGUUUGUUGACGAUCAAGGUAGAACCGUCAGACGAAGCGUUCAACGCUCAAUUACAACGAAAAGCAUUGUAUUAAAYUCCGAUAAAAAAGAACCAAUUGUAUUUGAAUCUGGCGAACCUGUAUAUUUAGARGAAACACCUAAGCAAACAUUAGAAGCAGAAGGAAAUGUGGUCGUCAGCACAAUUCAAAUAGAYCAAGGUCUUCCUCAUGUUGAAGAGAAGUUCGAAGAGUUUGUUGAUGAGGAAGGUCGAACUGUUAGAAAAGUAGUGAAACACUAUGUUACUCGCAGAACAAUCUUUCAAGAGGGAAAACCUGUAGAGCAUGUACUUGACUUACCAGAAACAGAAGACAGUCCGAGAUUUGAAUCUGCCCCGCCAGUUUCAAUCACAGAGGGAUUUGUAGACCGUUCUGGACGAACUUGGGUUACGACGGCCUCUGACUUAUCUCCAGUUCUGAGACUCGAAACUGUGUUUUCUCCUCAAGAUCUUCAGCAGUCCGUCAGUAUACAAGAGAUCGAGCAAGGUACUGAACCCGAGGGAGAGGAAACGGUUGAAGAGUAUGUGGAUGACGAAAGUGGAACGGUUAAACGGAUUGUCAAACGAUUUGUGACAACAAAAACCAUUGUCCGAGAGUCAGAACCGAUCGMCAUUGCUCCUCACGAUGUUAGCUUAUCUUUUGAAACGCCCACCGAAGAACAACAWCAAGUGCAAGAAGUCAAAGAAAGCUGGCAUAAUGUGGUUCUUUUCCGAGAACAACAACAUUACUCUCCUGUACGUAGUACAACCACGUACASUUUUAUAGAGCAAAAGUACAUUUCUAUUAUUCAAAGUCUGUAUCAACUGGUAUUAGAGCUGAAGUCGCUUAUUGUCAUUUACUUGUCCAAGCUUGAUUUAAAGUUCAGUUUUGAAUUUGACGAGUUCCUUUUGUGGAUUAUUCAAGUUGAGACGCGUCUUGGGAACCUUCGUCCUGUGACAUGGAGGUUGGCAGAACUACUCGAAGAACAACUUCUCACUCAGGCUCUCGAAAAAGAAGUCCAAGACMACAAACCAAUCAUCGAGAACUUUGUCGAAGUGACUGAWGCCCUUAUUCAGAAGGCCCCUCCGGAAGAUCGCAAGCAUCUUGAACGUGAAGUAAACCACGUGAUCGGAGCCUGGGACGAUAUCAAUGACCAACUGAAGGUCAGGCAAAAGAAAGAAGAGGAGGUGAAGGAAGAAGUUGAGAAGUAUGAAAAAGCAAAGGCAGAUCUUGCAAAUAUUGUAGAUCAACUUGAAAAGAAGUUUGAUGAGCAUAAAGCAUUYGCUGACGAACCGCAGAAAAUUCAACAAGAACUUCAGGCCAUAAAGGCUUUGGAAGAAGAACUUGAACGAUGUUCCAACAAGGCCCAAAAGGCAGGAGAAGAUGUUGCAGCUCUGGACAGUCCAGACGCAGCUACCUCAGGGAUACAGGACCAACUGAAGGCACUCAACGAUCGAGUAUCAAAAAUCAAAGUCAAAAUAGAAGCAUAUGAAGAGCACUAUCAGGAUCACCUCAAACAGGCACUCGAGUUCCAACGAGCUGUACGAGGCCUCUUGGAUAAGAUAGCAGCCCGGAAAGCCAAGCUUGAAAAUGAUAAGGUUGAUCCCAAUGAUAAAGUUGCGAUCUUAGCAAAAAUUAGAGAAUUAGAGCAUCUGCACCAUGAAAUGGAAGAAAAUCGACCUCUUCUUACGUCAGCUACCGUCACAGGAGAAUGGUUGAUUAGAAAUGCACARAAGUCUAAUGUGACUCUCCCAGAUGGACGUCCAGAAAAUGCAGUUAUUCCAGCCGAAGUCUCCACAACUCUAAACAAAGUAAAGAAAGAUUUCCAUGACCUGGAAGGAGCCAUUCGAGAGCAGAAGAAAUACUUGACUGGUUUGACGUUAGAAGAGGUGAAACCAAUGUCAGUCGAGUACGAGCGUAUUCAAGAUGUUAUGGAACAAUUCAGCGGCUGGUUAAGGAGUGUCGAAGAUUCCCUUGAACGAGUCAGACCUUACACUUGUGAUCUUCUAAAACUCAAAGAAGAUGAAAUUGCUCACAUGGGCAUCAGAACGGACUUGCGACAUCACCAACCAACUUACGAAAGUAUCGAUAAAGACGCCAACAAUAUUCUCAACUUCGAACCAGAUUCCCCAGUCCGGCAGGAAGUAGAGCAAUUGUACAGCGAUAUCAAGCCAAGAUGGCAAAAAGUAAACGAUCGCGURACAGAACGACACGAACAAAUCAACAAACUUAUUCCCCUCGCCAGAAAAUUUUACGACGCGCUACAAAAUGUCGACGGAGUCGUUAAUAGAGCGGAAACUCAACUACGGUCACUAGAUGGAGUUCCGCUGUCCUCUGAGAAAAGUAAACAAGAAUUGCAAAACAUUAAGGGAGUGCUUCUGGUGCUUGAUCGAAGAAUGCGUGAUGUCAAUCGAAUGAAUACCCUAUCAGACGAACUGGCUGAGAAUUURAUARCAGCCAACGGAGAGCCUGAAGAUCUUCGUCAAAUCCAGAAAGAAGCGAACGAUCGUUAUGAAAACGUAAAACGACAGUUGGAAAAACAAAGAGAUGCCAUCGAGAAUAACAAUAUCGAAAAGUUCUUGAAGGCCCUGAAAGAAAAGUCCGAUGAAAUUGAUAAAGUGGAUCAGAAGAUAUUAGACGAGCCUUUGAGUAACGAUCCUAACGAGCUUAAAAAGCAGCUCGAUGAGCUCAAGGCUUUGCAGAUUGAGAUGUAUCAAAUUAAACCAGUGCUCGGAUCUCUACAGCAAGCUGGCUCAGGGCUUAUACACAAAAACGCUGAUGAUGAAGUAGUUGUGAAAGAUCUUACCAACAAGAUCCAAACCGUGACAAAUGAAUACAUUGAAGUAGAAGAUAAGCUACGUGAUAAGAUAGCAGCGUUGCAGUCCGCAUUAUACAAACAGCAAGACUUUGACAAGACAAUUGAGGAGUUUGACAGAUGGUUGACGCAGACUGAGGAGAAAGUCAAAUCCCAGAUGAUGUUAUCUAUUAAACCUGUGCUUAUCAAGAAACAGAACAAAGAACAACAGGUUCUAAUGGAAGAAAUCAAAGCCUAUGAAUCAGUUUACCAUGACAUUCAAAACCACUGCUCGGAACAAUCCGAACUUUUGGAMUCCAGGGCAGAAAGGGAAGAAAUGAAACGAACGAUGACCGAAUUCGCCGAACGUUGGAAAAGCGUGAAACGAUCAAUGGCCGAACGACGUAAGGAGAUGGAUCGACURUACCCCGUUGUUGUAUGUUAUGUCGAAACGAGGACCGAAUUUCAGACAUGGUUAAGACAAGACGAGCGAACCCUUGCGGAACUGUCAUUGGAAUCGGGCAUCAAUGAUUUGGAGUCCCUCGUUGAAAAGAAGAAUGUCAUUAAGGGUCUCCGAGAAAGACUGGACAACCAUCGACCUGUCUACAACAACCUUGUAGAAACUUCCCAAGAGCUUAUAAACAUUUGCCACGAAUUGAAUAUCAACACAGAUGCCAUCUAUGUAAUCGGUGAUCGAGAGGAGACAAAAAGGCGCUGGGAGCGGCACAGCGCAGCCGUUCUUGGCGGAGAAAAAAUCCUUAAGAGUUCAGACAAGACGAUGGCUCAACUACGAGAGGUUAUGGGACCCAUGCAACAGGCUAUGGACGAUGCAGAGAGCAUACUUGCACAAGAGCCAGCGUACGGUACUGAUGUCAAUCAAGUCAGAAAAGAACUCAAGAAAGUUGAUAACACAAUCCAAGUUUUGGAAGACACCGAGUACAAACUGGUUCGUCUGUCCAAACAAACAACCAACAACGAGUACAUCAUUACCAUCAUCAAAGAUAACCGUGUCAUGCAGGUCCGACUGAAGGAACGUAAAGUCAAACUCGAGAAAUACAUCAAGAAUGUCGAGAUGUUUGACAGCGCUGGCCAAGAGGUCGAGGUCAAGGUCAUGGGCAUCAUGAGGUUUGUGACCGUGGAAAUCGUUAUGACCAAUAUCGAAGACGUAAGGGAUCAGCUUCAGCACGUACAGAAUCUCGAGGACGAGGUCGUGAUUCACCGACGCAAGAUCGAAACCAUGGAAGAGACAGGAGAGUGGAUAAUCAAGCAAAAUGACAACCAAGAAGAAGUCUUGAGUGAAAUCAAGACCAAAAUAUCUCGCGCAAAAUCCUCCAUCGAUGAGGUUUCUAUYAAACUUAGCGAUCGACGCCGUCGUCUUGAGUCUGCGCUGACUGAGAAAGAACGUGUGGAUGAAACUCUUGGUCAUUUCGAGAAGCGUGUUUGUGUGCUGGAUAAAAAGAUGCUGAAAGCCAAGCCYGUGUCAGCUGAGUAUGUCGUUAUCAAAGACCAACGGAAAAACCACGAGGGUGUCAUUCGUGAAUGUGUUAGCCUGGUCCCAAUUUCGGAGUACCUCUUCCCUGCUGCUCGCAACGUCAUUCUUGACACUCAGCCAGGUCCAGACAGGGACGUACUAGAAAACCGUGUCCUCGCUACACAGACAUUAUGGGAAACUGUCAAAGACAAAGCAGAUGUACGACAGAAGUGCAUCGAGACUGUUUUCCCCAGUGCAGAGGUCUAUGAUGACGCUUAUAAUGCCUUGAAUCAAUGGAUGAGAGACAUUGAGACGAAGGUCGUCAACAUGAAACCUGUGCUUUGCGAUGAAGAUUCAUUAAAUUCACAAAUAAAGCUCGUCAAGGAAAUGCGUCAAGAUAUAUUCAACCACGAUCCAGUCUACAAACACUUCAUCACAGCUGCACAAAACCUGCAACAGGCAUGUGAAAAGGCAAAUAUUGCAUCUGGUCUCGAACCUAUCGAAGAAAUCAAUGAAGAGGUUGCUAACCGCUGGGCUGUGAUGAAUCAAGUAGUGGAAGACAAACAGCAAAAACUAGAAACAACUAAGAGACAAUUACAAACAUACAAUGAGAAGGUAGACAAGAUGAAUGACUUACUACAGCGAACGGAGGGAGUAUUGGAACAGCAGUUUGAUGUUGGUUUAGAUCUUGAUCAGGCUAAGGCCAACAGGGACACUUUGAUGGUUCUUUCAUCAACACUAGCAAAUGCAAAGGGUGAUCUCGACUCCGCAAACAUUAUCGGUCAAGAUUUACUAAACGAAGCAGAUACUCAGAUUGUUAACGCGGCUGCAAUUGAAGACGACCUAGCAGAGCUCAAUGACAGGUUUGAAGCUGAUCGUGCUGAGCUUGAACGCGAGGAAAUCAAACUUGAAAAUGUGAUUGAUAAUGUGGAGGCUUUCCAAGGGGCCUUGAAUCAGUUUGAAUCAUGGCUUCCUGAAGCUAUGUUGGCCGUCCAGAGUUUCAAACCAAUCAGCAGUGAACCUGAAGAAAUAAAACGUCAAUUGAAGGAAGUUGAGGAGCUUCAUGAAACGUUACUUGCCAAAAGACCACUACUUGCUACUGCACAGAAUUCUGGAAACAAGCUUGUGGAAGCAAGCGAAGGUGCGUCAGUUGAGGAUGACGUUACUACCAAGCUCCAUCCUUACGAGGAAGCCUACGAUGCUCUUCUUGCCGUAGUGGCUGAUCGGUUAUCCAGGCUACAGGUUAUGAUGUACCAAUCUCAAGAACUCGAUGUUGCUCUUUCCAAUAUCGUUGCGUGGCUUACUGAGGUUGAGAAGAAGCAGGAGAAACAAGAGGCUCCAGUUUUGAGAACAGAGGUGGUAAACAACUUGCAGAGGGAACAACAAACUCUCCACCAAGAGAUUUCUAACUAUGAGGACACAGUUGGACACGUCGAAAAAGCCGGUAAUGAUUUACUCCAAACAAUGAACCUUGGCCCAGAACGCGACAUCCUUAAGUAUAAGCUAGCAGACAUGAGCCGGCGAUUUGAUAACGUCAAAGACAAGUCCAACGAACGUAAGGAGCUUCUUGAUCAGCUUGCACCCCUUGUCCAACGUUACCAGACUGCUGUUGAAGGGUUUUCUGGAUUCUUGGAUGACUCUGAGGAAAAACUGGAUGUUCUCAGCACUACGUCGAUCGAUGAGGAGACAGUCCCUAAGCUCAAGUCAGAAAUAAAGGAAUUCAAAAUGGCCGUUGAAGAUGAAAGUGGCAACCAUAAGGUUCUGAACACAAGUGCUAAAGAACUGAUAGAAUUCUGUAAAGAUCUUCCCAUUAGAAUCGACACGGCACCAAUUGACAAUGAAGUAUGUGAUGCAAACACGCGCUAUGAAAAACUUAAAACGGCCAACCUCGAUGCGAACGUUGUGGAACAAAAUGUCGCUUUAUAUCAGAGUGCGAUAGAUCCURUCAAAGAAACGUUGGAUGAACUGGACGCGUUUUUGGAGUCCGAAGCAGACUUUGGGUUAGACGUUGAACAAGGUAAAGCAGAACUUCAACGCGUAGAGGACUUGAUUGCUGACCUCGAAAACCAAAAGGCUGAACUUGACAUCGUUGAACUCAGCACCCCACUCGAAGCUGAACAAACUGAGUAUGUGGAGCAAAUGGCAGACGUUAGCUACCAGUACGACCUCAGCGCUGGAAAAAUCAAGAGAGUCAAGCAAAACAUGGCAAAGAGACUUGACAAGUUCGUCGUCUUCAUGGAGUUGUUUGAGGAGGUUGAUAUCUGGUUGGUUGAGAUACAGAAAGUCGUGGACGACUUUGAGCCUGUAAGCAGCGACUGUGAGGAGGCCAAAACACAGUUGGAAGAAUUACAACCGAUCAUCGCUCAGUUCCCACCGUACCAUACUAAACUGGAGACAAUGGAAGAAAUAAAGAACUAUAUUGUAAAGACAGUAAAGGAUGAUCCUGCAACGAUCGCCGAAGUCAAAGAMAAACUCGACCAAGUCAAGCCCAAAUACGAUAAACUCCAAGCGACAGUCGUUAGUCGACAGGCUCGACUGAAGAACGUCAUUGUUGAAGGGCAGGACUAUCAGACCUCACUUGACGAGGCUGUAAUGAAACUCAAUGAGAUGGAAGGUCUUCUGGAUCAACAAGAACCAGUCAAUGCCAAGUACAUUGUGAUUGCACAACAGAAACUUGAUCAUGAGGGGAUUUACUUGGAAGUAAACAUGCACGGCGUUAUUAUUGAAGACACUAUACGUCAAGGAAAAGAAAUCCUUGCCGAGUCACAACCAGGAGACUAUGCCGACACGCUUAAAACAUCACUACAUGACCUUGAAAAACGUUGGAACAGCCUUGUUGAAAAGACGGAUGAACGUCAGCAGCAACUGGAUGAGGUGGCGCCACCUGCGCAGAAUUAUUCAGAAGCGAUGGAGAACUUCAUCCCCGCUCUAAGUGAAAUGGAGGAUAUCGUUGGGGACUGUGGUGAGGUGUUAUGUGAGAAGCAUGCGCUCGGACGAGAGAGAGAUUUACUCAAGUUCUUGCAACAGUUCCUACAAGAGGACAUUGAAGGUCAUCGGCCAGUUUACAAGUCAUUAGUUGACAAUUCCAAUGAUCUUUUGAAUUCCUGCGACUCUGCCAACGUGACAAACGGAGUACCUGAGGUCAAAGCUGAAACCGAUGACGCCAUUCAACGCUGGACCGCACUUAACGACUUCUAUCGUAAUCGAAGAGAACAGGUUUCAGAGGCCGACAGCAAAGUAAAGAAAUACAGAUCGCUGCUCGGUCCUUUAGAGAAUUCAGCCAAAAAGGCAGAGAAAAGCUUGGAAGAGUCUCAUCAUGAAGGUAUUGACGUGGAUGAGAGCGAGAAGAUGCUUCAAGCUAUGAAGGUCCUCCAGGAAGACGUGCAGACUCUAGAAACAGACGUCCAAAAUGUUGGAGAACAAGUCAAGAACGAAGAUCACCCCAAAAUCAAUUUMACACCCGUGAAACAGCGCGUCAAGAAAUUAUCCAAUCGCGUCGCAGCGUUACGGCGAAAUGUCACCGUACAUAUCACGUGGCUGGAGAAGGUGGUGGAGGAAAUCACAUUAUUUGUGAAUUCUACGGACGAACUACAAAAGUACGUCAACGUUGCAUUUGUCCAGCUGGAUAAUUUCGAACCAAUCAGCAAUGAUCACAAAGUAUUGUCCAAACAACUCGAAGAAGUGAAAGAAUUAGAGGAGAACACGAACAAACAGUUCGCAGUUUUAUCUGACGCCGAAAUAAAAGCCAGGUCCAUCACUUCGAUGAAGAAGGACGAUCCAAAAGCUAUAAAGGAUGUUGCUGAAAGAAUCAACAUCUGCGAAGCUGCUUUGGUUGAACUCAAAGAAAAGAUAAAGGAUCGAAAGCAAAAGAUUUUAAGGGCGCAAGAACACAUUUCAUUGUAUCGUGCUCAACUUGAACCUGUGGAGAAGGCUUUUAGUGAGAUUGAAGAUUCAGCUGUCAUGAAGGCUCCUGUCAGUGAAGAGGAACUUGGGAAGGUUGAGAAUGCMAUGAAAGACAUGGAAGACAGUGAUCAGCGGGUCAGACUUAUUCGCCGUUCAAGUCAGCAGCUACUGCGUGUUAUCGAUAUUCAAACAGACCCUGGAGUCGAGGUACAGACCGAGGUUGCGAAGGUGACUCAAAAACAACGCUCAUUGACCUCUAGCUUGAGGAAAAAGCACUCGAAACUCAGGAAGG